UUACAGCCGAUGAACGUUUACUCUCACCCGUCUGUACCCGAUUGGUGUUUUCCCGAAACGACGGUUUACUUUGACUCGAGAGCUAACGGCUCGUUAAGCUUCAUUAAUGAGCUAAUAAACGGUCUCAGAUGGUCUCUCCGCCUUGUCGCUUCUAUGGCCAAACUGGUUUAACUGUCAUGUCUCGUAUCCCUCCGCUUUACCUCCCAGGCUCUUUAUCAAAGUGAGGCAUGGCUGAAAUAAUCGCCGUCCACGCCGGUUUGCCCUCGUCGUCCACUAUGAACUUCCUCUUCCAGGAGGACCCCACCGCCACUUCCACCGCUGCUGCUGCCGCCCCUCCGGCCUCUCUGACCGGCGAGGACUACCUGUUCGUGGAGGCCAGGCACCCCAACACCGUGCUGCAGGGCCUAAACAGCCUGCGGCUCAACAACGCCUUCUGUGAUGUGACCCUGUGCUGUGGAGGACAGGAGUUCCCCUGCCAUCGCAUUGUGCUGGCCUCCUUCAGCUCUUACUUCCAGGCCAUGUUUUCCACUGACCUGAUAGAGUCCAAACAGGAGCGCGUUGCCAUCAAUGGAGUUGAGCCUCAGAUGAUUGGCAUGCUGGUGAGCUACGCCUACACAUCAGAGGUCUACAUUUCUAAAGCAAAUGUGCAGGCGCUGCUGGCAGCAGCUAAUCUGCUGGACGUGAUGGACGUGCGAGAAGCCUGCUGCCAUUUCAUGAAGCGUCAGAUGGACGAGAUGAACUGUGUGGGCAUUCACUGCUUUGCCGAGGCCCAUUCCUGUAAGGUGCUGGAGAAACUCAGCAUGGACUACAUCCACGAGCACUUCAGCAGUGUUUCUCAGCAGGAGGAGUUCCUGUCUCUGUGUGUGGACAAACUGACAGAAAUCAUUGCCAGUGAUUUCCUAAAUGUGCCUAAAGAGGAGAUGGUGUUUGAGGCCGCCAUGUCGUGGUUGAAUAAAUGUUCCUCCCGCAGACAGAGCUUUGAGAAGGUCCUCGAACACAUCCGGCUGCCUCUCAUCAGCCCGUACUACCUCCACGACGUGAUCGAGUCUCUGGAUGUGGUGAAGGAGAACCAGGGCUGCCAGAAGCUCAUCUCUGAGGCGAAGGACUACAUGCUGCUGAAGGACCGCCGUGGAGAGCUCUACUGCCCCAGAGCGAGGCUGCGCAGGUUCACAGGGACAGCUGAAGUGAUAGUGACGGUUGGCGGAGAGGACGACAAGGUGGUGCUGCGCAGCGUCGAGAGCUUCGAUCCUGUGACGCACCAGUGGAAGAAUCUGGCCUGCCUGCCCUUCGCUGUGAGCAAACACGGGCUGGUCGUGUCAGACUCCACGCUGUAUUUGGCGGGAGGAGAGUUUCCCGACGGCUCGGCCAGCAGAGAGAUGUGGCGCUACGACCCCCGCUUCGACUCCUGGAUGGAGUCGGCUCCCAUGAACGUCGCUCGUUCCGAGUUGGGCCUGGUGAUGCUGGACGGCUUCGUGUAUGCAGUGGGGGGGUGGGAGGGACGCUCUCGUCUGGACUCGGUGGAGUGCUACAACCCUCACAACAACUCCUGGCAGUUCACGGAGUCUGUCAAGAUGGCCGUCACGAGUCCUGCCGUGGUGGCCCUGGACGGACUGCUCUAUGUCACUGGUGGUGCAGUUCUAGAGGACGGCGACGGCACAGACCUCGCUCAGGUAUACAACCCCAAGACCACUGCAUGGACGGAGGUCGCCCCCAUGCAGAUCGCUCGCUCUGGUUCAGCUGCUUGCACACUCAAAGGAAAGAUUUAUGUGAUAGGUGGAUGGCAUGCCUCGACAGAGAACACCGAUAAGGUGGAGUGUUACAGCCCGAAGACCAAUCAGUGGACCAUGUGCGCCCCAAUGACAGAGCGACGCUACCGGCCCGGUGCUGCCGUGGUAGAUGGCAAAAUCUACGUCCUGGGAGGAGAAGAAGGCUGGGACAGAUAUCACGACACUAUCGAGAGGUACUGCGACGAGACGGACACGUGGGAGAUCGUCGGGGAGAUGCCCACCAGUCGCAGCUGGCUCAGCUGCGUGUCUCUCCAGCUGAGGAAGGACAUCCACAUGAGCAGCUAUCCCGGGACGCCAAACGACAACUGAGCGACGUUUUUUUCUUAAAGAACUCUUUCACGGUCAUUCUCUGUGCCCUCAGUCGGGGACGGUGCACUACAAAGCUCAGAGCUGUGGAGAACAGCCAACUGAGAUGAUGCCUGGCUCAGCGCUGUUUGAGUGCUUACUGGUGCCAAACGGUAGUCUGUUUUUAAUCUGACUGCUUGUGGAAUGCGCCUCUUAGGGUCCCGGCUUUUUGGCGUGGUGACCAACAUCGCAUCAGGAAUCUCAAGGAGCUGAUUGACAACUCAGUGAGCAGUCUAAACUCUCUCUGAUGGAUGUUUAUGGUGCUGUUUUAAUGUCCGAGCACCUCGCAUCUUUGAAGGUUUUCUCAGCCAACGAACUGUGAAGAAGACCUUAAAAAAUGGUGAACAUUUUUGCACUGUCAAAAGAUGCUUUGUGAGCCGAAGAAUCUACUUGUGAAUAUUUUCAAAGGUCUAAACGUGAGCAGUGUUUUUGUAAUGAAACUUUGUACGUUCCGAAUGAUUGUCUUACACCUGUAAUAUGUUGAGUAUAUUUUUGUAACGUAAUGUGGGUCAUAAACUUUAGUGACUUUAAAUGGAGUGGAUUCUAAUAAAUAAAAACAUUAAUUCUUAA